AUGGUCUUCAUCAAGGCAACACUCGCGUCCGCUUUUGUCUCUCUCCUAGCAUGUGCCACCGCUGUGGAAGUGCCUAAGACCGAUUACGAUGUCAUCGUGGUCGGCGGCGGUCCCGCGGGUCUGAGUGCACUCAGUGGUGUCUCUCGUGUCCGCCGAACUGCUCUGUUGAUUGAUAGCCAGGAGUACCGCAAUGCUCCGACCCGGGAAAUGCACGAUGUCAUUGGCAACGACGGUACCCCACCCGCUACUUUCAGAGGUCUGGCUCGCGAACAGAUCGAGAAGUACCCAACUGCCCACUUUACCAACGAGACUGUGGAAUCAAUUGUUCCUUUCCCACAGGGAGACUUCUCUGCCUUUACGGUGACCGACAGCAAGGGCAAGAACUACACUGCCCGUAAAAUUGUGCUCGGUACCGGUGUCCGUGACGUUCUACCCAGCACUCCUGGCCUGAAGGAGGGAUGGGGCCACGGUAUCUUCUGGUGUCCGUGGUGCGAUGGUUACGAACACAGAGACCAGCCCUUUGGAAUGAUCGGUGAUAUCACCGAUAUGCUGAGCAACGUAUUGGAGACUCACACUCUGUACACUGACAUCAUUGCAUUUGUGAACGGCUCGCAAACCGCAGAUGGCGAGGCGCGGGCAACGGCAAAGGUCGCAGACUGGAAGGAGCAACUUGCCGCUUGGAACACUACCAUCGACAAUCGCACAAUCUCUUCCAUUGAGCGUCUCGAAGAUGGCGGGGAUAACAGGGGCGAAAACGGUGACCAGCAGUUUGACAAGUUCCGCCUUCACUUCACUACAGGCGAGCCUGUCGAGCGGAAUGCUAUUAUUAUCAACGUCCCAACUGUCCAGACCUCGACACUUCCAGCCAAGAUGAAUCUGGACAUUGUUGGUGAUAAGAUCAAUGUCACCAGCGGGAUGCGAACCAGUGAGACCGGUGUCUUUGCUGUUGGUGAUGCCAACAGUGAUGGCAGUACCAAUGUGCCACAUGCGAUGUUCUCUGGCAAGAAAGCCGCUGUGUUUUUACACGUGGAACUCUCUCGUGAGGAGUCGAAAUCCAAGGUCUCGAAGCGCACCGGACUCUCCCACCGUGAGCUCGAGAAGGAGGCCAUUCGUGCAAUUGGCAGCAACCUGGAUGCCGAAUGGAAGCGUGCUCAGGAGUAA